AUGUUAGUUAUAUUGAAAGAAUGCCAUACAUCAUUAGAAGUAUGUUAGAAAGUAUUGAAUUCUUAUUUGGACGGUAAAAGAACUAAUUUUCCAAGAUUUUAUUUUCUCUCAAAUGAUGAAUUAUUGGAAAUUCUAUCAGCAACAAAAAAUCUUUAAAGAGUAUAACCACAUUUAAAGAAAUGUUGUGAAGGUCUUUAGAAAUUAAAAAUUGAUGGAGAAAAUUUUAGAAUAUUGUGGAUACAAAUGCAGCAAGAGAAAUGUUGA